AAUUAGUUCACAUAAACAUUUGUAAAGCACUUUGUACCGUCAUUUUGACUUUUGUCACCAGUAAAAAUAUACUUUUGGUCCUCUUCUCUCAAAAGAACAUGGACUUUUAUAAAGUAACCACACUACUACUUGGUUUAUGCUCUAUGUUAUGUUUUGUUGGAUGUAAAGAAAAUACGUUAAAAGGGCCUUGUACAGAUUGCUAUCAACUUCAUGAGGCAUGUACAGCAUACAUUCAAGCACAAGUCAAUGAGGAAAUGAGGGCAAGCCUGGUCUACAUGAAUAUGGCUGGCCAUUUUGAUAAAAAUUCAAUUGCGAGAAAAGGUUUCGCUAGACUUUUCAAAAAGAGUUCGUGGGAAGAAAAGGAGCAUGCCGAAAAGUUAAUUUCAUAUUUAAAUAAGAGGGGAUCGGAAAUGGACGUGCUCAACGUUACCAUGCCCAAACAAGCUACAUGGUCAAAUGCCCGUUUCGCUUUGGAAGAUGCCAUUGCCUUAGAAAUGGAAUUGAAUGAUAAGCUUCAUGCACUUCACAGCAAUGCAGAAAAGAAAUGCAAAGAUGCGCACUUAACCCACUUUUUAGAAGAGCAUUAUCUUGAAGAACAAGUUCAAUCCAUCGACAAGCUAACUCGUUACAAGUCCAUACUAAUAGCUAUGGUCGGAGGAAUGGGAGAAUAUCUUUUAGAUCGCGAACUCCAAGAAGAAUAUAGUGAAAUGUAAAUACCAGAUGGAAAAAAAUAAAUAUUACGUUAUUGUU